AUGAAUAUCGUCUACCUGCUCAGCGAUUGUGUAUGGAUUAUCAAGCGAUUCUUGGUCAGUUUAUGCAAUAUUGGUGUUAUUCCAACCGGUUCGAAGUGCUCGAGAGCAGUUCAUGGGAUUGAAGACGAUGUGUUGCCGGUGACAGGCGGAGGUUAUAGAGGGAGAUCGCCGGCAACCGUGGGAGAUGAUCAGGGAACAAUUUUAGAUGCCAAAUCUUGUCCCAAUGAUAAAGGAAACACCAAAACAAUCAAAUCGUCAUCGCAACUUCCAGUGACAGAGGAGAAAAAGGAAUCUGAAGAUGACUCUACACAGUUCGAUUUGGAUUCUUGUGGCAGUCUUCUUCCUUCUGGUUCUACUAUCGAAGAUGGAGUGACUGAUGCAACAAUUGAUCUCACUACGUCCUCCUCCUUGGGUCCAGUUGGAGUAAAAAAUCUAACUGAUGAUACCAAAAAUUUGGAACUUUUGACUUAUUCCCAUCCAAGCGCAUCUUCAACUCACGAAGCUACGGUUGUGGAUCAAGGUGGAAUAGGAUCAAUCCAAUCUGAGGAUGGGCAUUUUAUUGAUGGUAAAAUAGCUGGACAGAAUAUUGAUCUAUUUUAUGAGUUGGAAUAUGUAGAUGAUUUUCAUAACCAACCAAAGAAUGAAGCUGAUCCUUCAAGCCUUAAGCAAGCAACAAUCUCCAACGAGGGUGGAGAUUUGGAUAAACAAAGGUUGGAAAUAGAGGAAUGUGGGGCAGUGGCUAAUGUCGCCAUGGAUACACUAAGUUUUGUGACCACUACUCCCUCUGAACGACCUGCUUGCAAGUAUAUACCCAAACCCAAGAUGAGAACUGCAGGAGACACUUGCACACAAAUCUCUCAGCCAGAAAUCUCUAAUAUGCUUCCACCAUCUCCACAAGUUAUUUCUUGUGAUACUAGCAGCGUGAAUGAAGCCUCAAUUGGGACGCAUUCGGAUGGUGUUCUUAAUGAUUCUCCGAUUAACUUUGACGGUUAUGCUCCUAUUAACCAGGACACUGAAACACCUGUUAAUGUAGAAUCAUUUGCAUUUGAUUCUUAUAAGGUUUCCGGACGAACUUGCUUUUACCUCACCGAUUUCAUUGGACAACCUACUCGACUAUGCAAUAUUUGGUUGCCAAGGAAAUUCAUAUAAUACAAUCUUAGGUAGGUGACCUCCAAAGGUCGAAUUCAUCCUCCUUAGUUCCUUAUUAAAUCUAUGAUCCUUAUUGACCACUAGCCAAAGAUGGUUAAGAGAUAAAUGAAAAUUUGUGUACAUUUACUCUUUUUUUUUUUAUCUGAAAUUGAGGCCAGCCCCACCUUGAUUUUCACCCAAAGGUAGCACAUCGAACGGUGGAUCUAGAAAUUUUGUUGAUGGAGGCUUUUGGUAGACCACCGGUAAUUCAUCAAUAUAGUAGAAGGGGGAAGAAUAAGUAGUUAUGAGGGAAUAAGUAGUUAUGAGUCGAUUGUAAACAUGGCAGAAAAGAGGGGGGACCACAGGGCAAGAAAGAUAGUCAUAAAUAGGAAGUUGAUGAAGAGAAGUAGAUACGGAAUUUCUAAGUAGCCAUUCUGUUUAACCUUAGGAGAUAGGUUACAGAUUGGUGAGGGAGAGUUAUUGUUCUAACGAAUUGAAGAUAUUCUUCAAUUCGAUUUCAUGAGAUUGUAACAAGUAGUUCUAUAAUCAAAUAAAGAUCUACUCAUCCUAUCGUAUCCCUGUGUUGGAAUUGGUUUCCAUCAUAUUGGUAUCAGAGCAACAUCCUGGGAAAGCAUAGGAAAAUGGCGAAGAAACAUGAGGAAUGAUUCGAAGCAUUGGAGCAAGAAGUCUUUGAGAUGAAGGUCAAUUUGC